AUAGAUACAAAUGAAGGGUUUGGAAGCGAUUGGUUUCGUAUCGUUUGUUAUACUAAUUCUUGUCAUAUCAAUACUGACGACAAUAACAAAUCUUAUAAUUAUAUAUAAACUGAAAUUAUUCCCAGACAUGGAAUUAAUGACAUUUAUUAACGAAAAUGUCUUAUUUCAUGGAGAGGUUGAUCUCGAUAGAGUGCUUCUUUCCAAGAGUCAAAUCAAUGGAAUUUCAACUAUUUCUGGAGACUUAAUACUAGAAAGCGGUUCCUCUGCUAUCAAUAUCAACGACAAUGGAAUACAAAUUACAUCCGAUAAUGGCUUUGAAGUUCGGGCCAGAGAUAGCAAUAAACUUAUAUUUCCCAUAGAUUUCCGGUCGCUUUCAAUCCCAUCGCUGCCCUCACUAUCACUUCCGGGCGGAGCCAAAAAUGUCAACAAAAUAAGAUCGCCUACAGAUCAAGACCUUAACAUUCAAUCGCACCAUAAGAUUAAGAUUCGCGGCAAUGAAGGCAUCGAUAUAGAGAGCAAACGAAUCGAAAUGAACGCCUCGUCUAUAUUCUUGUCGUCUAUAAACGGUGUGAUUAUUAUGGACUCAAAAGAAGGCAUUCAUAUCAAUAUGAAAACAUUCAAUGGAAUCGUUGACAGCACUAAAGAUAACGCGGAACAGCUCUCGGAAAAGAAAUUGCAGCACAACAAUACGCAAACGCCGUUUUGA